CAUCUACUGCUCCAAAGAGUCCUACCUCAACCAGGUUCUGUGGCACAAUCAUGAAGCCAGGAAGCUUUCUGCUGCUCACUCUGCUGCUCUUCUUCUUGUACUCCAAUGUUGCUACUGCAAAAGAUCUCAAGAUUUAUUGUGAGAAGUACCCAAAAGAAGGCUGCACGAAGGAGUACAAUCCACACUGUGCCUCCGAUGGAAAAACCUAUGAUAAUCAGUGCUUCUUCUGUAAUGCAUAUAUUCACAGUGGUAAAACUCUUCAGCUGGAAUUCAUUGGAAAAUGCAAGUAAUUUGAAGAUGCAGAAGAAAAUUUACUGAUUCCUUCAAGGUUGCUUAUAGCACCACGAGGACCAUAUUCUUCCCUCUGCUCCUGUGAAAAUUCACAGUGUCUCAGUUUCAUUUAUCAAUAAACAAUGAAAUUGU